AUGCCACUGAGAGCCGUCCUUCUCAACGGAUUAAACAGGCAGUCCACCACUCAGCCACAAAGAAGGCAGCAUGUAAAAGAGGAAGAGAGAAUCGCUUAUGGUGCAGGUAAAGAACUGAAAGACAUCAAAGUUGAGAAUAAAGUGGAAACAGAAGAGAUGUUUGAGGAUCCGCAGUCUAUGGAGGAGGGAGGUCCUCUGUAUUCCCGGGAUUCCACACAGGAAGAUCACACCAUUCCUCACCAUCAUCAGGGAGAAGAACGGAUUAAUAUAAAAGCUGAGGUGAAAGAAGAAGAAGUAGAGACGUAUGUGGGGGGUGAUCAGCCAAUCACGGAGGAGGUUGGGAUGAUUAUGAAAAGUGAACAGGAGGACAUUUCUCUACCUUGUGACACAGAUGGAUGUGAUGUGAGGAAUUCCUCGGAGAGACAUCUUCUAUUAUCUGCUGAUUGUAAGUCAGAAGAUAUUGUCAUCACACAGGAUCCUCCAGGAGGAAAUCCAAAUACACCAAAUAUACAUCACAGAUCUUCCUGUCCGGAGACAUCAAUGGAUCCCUCUGAUCAGGGGGAAUCUUCUCAUCAAUCACAUACUAUGAUUGUAAAUAUCCAUGUAAGAUCUCACACUGCAGAUAGAUCAACAGAUCCUUCUAAUCCCGAGGAAACUUCCUCACCCCAUGAAGGAGAUCACAGAGCUAAGAAUCGAUACUCAUGUUCAGAGUGCGGGAAAUCUUUCACUCAGAAAAGAACACUUGCUGAACACCAGAGAAUUCACACGGGGGAGCGUCCUUAUUCAUGUUCAGAGUGCGGGAAAUCUUUCACUAAGAAAGGUAAACUUAUUCAACAUCAGAGAAUUCACAUGAGUGAGCGUCCUUUCCCUUGUUCAGUGUGCGGGAAAUGUUUUUUUAAGAAAGAAAAACGUAUUCAGCACCAAAGAGUUCACACAGGUGAGCGUCCUUUUUCAUGUUCAGAGUGUGGGAACUCUUUCCGACAAAGAAAUCAUCUUGUUCGUCACCAGAGAAUUCACACGGGUGAGCGUCCUUAUUCAUGUUCAGAGUGUGGGAAAUCUUUCGCUAAAAAAGAAAGCCUUGUGCAACAUCAAAGAAUUCACACGGGGGAGCGUCCCUAUUCAUGUUCAGAGUGCGGGAAAUCUUUCCAAAGGAAAGAAAGAUUUGUGCAACAUCAAAGAACUCACACGGGGGAGCGUCCCUAUUCAUGUUCAGAGUGCGGGAAAUCUUUCCAUAGGAAAGGAGACCUUGUGCAACAUCAAAGAAUUCACACGGGGGAGCGUCCUUACUCAUGUUCAGAGUGCGGGAAAUCUUUCCAUAGGAAAGGAGACCUUGUGCAACAUCAAAGAAUUCACACGGGGGAGCAUCCUUACUCAUGUUCAGAGUGCGGGAUAUCUUUCCCUGAAAAACAAACCCUUGUUAAACAUCAGAAAAUUCAUACAGUUGAUCGUCCUUAUUUAUGUUCAGAGUGCGGUAUAUGUUUCACUGAGAAAGGAACACUUGUAAAACAUCAAAUAGUUCACAUGGGUGAGUGUCCUUAGUGAUUUUCAGAGUGCGGGAAAUCUUUCACUCCUAAAGAAUGCCUUGUUGAACAUCAGAUGAGUAUCCCUUUUUUCAUAUUCAGAGUGUGGGAAAUCUUUCACUGAGAAAGGCAACCUUGUGCAGCACCAGAGAAUUUAUAUGGGUGAGCUUUCCUCAGGCAUAUUAAACUAAACAUGUUAUACUUCUCUGCUCUGUGUAAUGGUUUUGCAUAGAGCAGCCCCAAUCCUCCUCUUUUCAGGUCCCCUGCAUGUGCUCCCUGCCCCUUCCACCUGCUGAGUGCCCUCAGAGCAAACCGCUUGCUAUGGGGUCAACCAAGUGGGCUCAUUCCUGAACUGCAGCUCUGCGAGUCAAUUCAGGCAUGGAGCCUUGGCCUACCCUCUCUCUCCCCUCAUUGGCUCACAAUCUGUGAUUAACCGCUGUGGGAGACAAUGAGGAGCUCUCCUGCUGCUGCUGCCUCAGCCAAUGAGGAAUAGAGAAAAACUAGGCACUCGUGCACAUCAGGAGAGCUGUCGGAGAAUGUA